ACUACAUUUCCCAAGGGCCAUCGCGUCCAAGGCUACUUCCGGUAAAGGCAGCAUUUGUUCGUUUGUCCAGGUGCCCAGACUGGGGCACACGUUUGUGGAGGAGCAGCGUGGCGGCCUUAGUGGAGUCUUGCGUUCUAAACGCGGCCUGGAACUAAUGGAAGCCCUCUGCCACGCAUCCGAAGCCGCUUCCUGGCCGCGCGCUGACGCUUUCAGGACCGUAGGAAGCAUCGCGCCCGAAUCCCAGCGGAACAUUCUUGUAGAGACCGCAGGGUCAGCUCUGCUUUCUCGGGACUCUGCUUCACCAGGAGAGGAGUCUAGAAGACUGAUUGAUUCUUGGAAUUUUAAGUCAUGGCCCAUGCAGCCAACUUCAGUUUUUUGCUCACAGUUGAUGAUGUUCAGGGAUGUGGCUGUAGACUUUUCUCAGGAGGAGUGGGAAUGCCUAGGCUUGGAACAGAGACAUUUGUACAGAGAUGUGAUGUUGGAGAACUACAGCAACAUGAUCUCACUGGGACUUUGCAUUUAUCAGCCAGAUGUGUUCUCUUUACUGGAGAAGGGGAAAGAGCCCUGGAUGGUUUUACAGGAUGAGACAAGAGGACCUUGCCCAGACAUGCAGUCCAGAUGUCAGAGCAAGAAGUUAUCACAAAAAAAGGUCACUUUUGAGAGAGAAUUGACUCAAUUGGAAAUUUGUAAAAAACACAGCCUUGAAUAUUUGUGUUUUAGGGGUGAUUGGGAAAGCAAAGGUCAGUUUGAAACACAACAUGAAAAUCAAAAUCAGGAAGAAUGUUUUAAGCAGGUUAUACUCGCUGGUGAAAAAAUGUCCACUUCUAAACAUCACACAGCUUUUAAUGUACAUCACAAACAGAAUACAGGAAAGAAACUGAAUGAAUUUAAAGAAUGUGGGAAAGCCUUUCCUUCUGGUUCAGACUGUACUCAACAUCAAGUAAUUCACACGAGGGAGAAAUUUUGUGAAGAUAAGGAAUAUGAGAAGACCUUUCUUUCUGAUUCAGAACUUACUCAAUAUCAGACAGUUCACACUGCUAAGAAAACUUAUGAAUGUAAAGAAUGUGGGAAGGCGUUUAGUUUGCGUUCAAGUCUUACUGGUCAUAGGAGGAUUCAUACUGGUGAAAAACCUUUUAAAUGUAAGGAAUGUGGGAAGGCCUUUAGAUUUCAUUCACAACUUAGUGUCCAUAAGCGUAUUCAUACUGGUGAGAAGUCUUAUGAAUGUAAGGAAUGUGGGAAGGCCUUUAGUUGUGGCUCAGAUCUUACACGACAUCAGAGAAUUCAUACUGGUGAGAAACCCUAUGAAUGUAAUGAAUGUAGGAAGGCCUUUAGUCAGCGAUCACAUCUUACUAAACAUCAGAGAAUUCACACUGGUGAAAAACCUUAUGAAUGUAAGGAGUGUGGAAAAGCUUUUACUCGUGGCUCACACCUAACUCAACAUCAGAGAACUCACACUACUGAGAAAUCUCAUGAAUGUAAGGAAUGUGGAAAAGCCUUUAUUCGUGGUUCAAAUCUUGCUCAACAUCAGAAUGUUCAUGUUGGUAGGAAACCCUAUGAAUGUGAGAAAUGUGGAAAAGCCUAUAUCUGGAGUUCACACCUUGCUCGACAUCAACGAAUUCAUACUGGUAGGAAACCACAUGAAUGUAAGCAAUGUGGGAAGACAUUUAUUUGGGCCUCAUAUCUUGCUCAACAUGAGAAAAUUCAUAAUGAGAGGAAAGUCUAUGAAUGUAAGGAAUGUAGAAAGACCUUUCUUCAUGGCUCAGAGUUUAAUCGACAUCAAAAAAUUCAUACUGGUGAGAGAAACUAUGAAUGUAAGGAAUGUGGAAAGACCUUUUUUCGUGGUUCAGAACUUAAUCGACAUCAGAAAAUCCAUACUGGAAAGAGACCAUAUGAAUGUGAAGAAUGUGGAAAAGCCUUUCUCUGGGGUUCACAACUUACUCGACAUCAGAGAAUACAUACUGGUGAGGAACCUUAUGUAUGUAAGGAAUGUGGGAAAUCUUUUAUCUGGGGCUCACAACUUACACGACAUAAGAAAAUUCAUACUGAUACAGAUUCCUAUGAAUGUAAGGAAAGUAGCCAGAUCUUUGGUCACCAUCCAUAUUUUACUGAACAGAAAAUUCACAAUGGUAAGAAUCUCUAUCAAUGGAAAGACUAUGGGAACACCUUUAGUCAGGACUCAGACUUUGCUCAACACCAGGGUAUUUACACUUUAGAGAAAUCCUAUGAAUAUAAAAAUUUUGAGACAUUUUCUCCAAGCUCUCACUUUAUUUCACUCUUAUAAAAUCUUAUGAUAUAAAAAUAUUCAUGACUCAUUAAUUGAUGUCUGUUAAUUUCUUCUUUUGAGAAACCCCACAAGUGUAAGUAAUCCUGGAAGACUGUCAGAGCACAUAACACACUCAACAGCAGAGAAUUCGUAAUGCAAUCUGUAUUAAUACAGGAAAGCAUUUACUGAAUAAUUUUCCAUUUGGAAUACCAGAGUAAAACCCUAUGAAUAAGAUGACACUGUGACUCUCUUUUGAAUCAUUCUUAAAGCAUUCUCCACAUCAUUGAUAUUAUUCUGCAUAGAAUUUAAAUCUAACUCGUGUAGGGCAACCUUCCAUCACUUUUUAAAUCUUCUUACACUUUCACAGAAUUACACUAAAGGUGAAUUUCUGUUACGUAAUUAAUCUUGGAAAGCCUUGAGCUAUGUCAUACAACUUCUUUGGUAUGCCUUAGUUCCAACAUAUCUGUAUUUUUUGGAAAGUAACUCAAAUCUGUGUCUGUUUCCUUACUUAUUUGAUUAUAAGGGUUAAAUGAGCUUGACAACUUAAAUGAUGUCAUGACCAUCAUUAAUAUUAGUAUUAGACCAUUUCUAUGAGAUAAAGACCUUGACAAUAUAAUGAAUAUAGACAAAUAUGCCAUCUGUAUAUGUAUCUUAUUGAACAGUAGGAUAAUUCUGAAGAAAAACCAGUAAAACAGAAUGAAGGGAAGAAAGCUUUGAAUCAGUAUUCAUUUGCUGUACCAAAAAAUCCGUACUGUAAAGAAAGCCUUACGGUUUUAAUGAAAAUGGGGUAGUUGAGUGCUCAGCAAUGUUUUUUGUUUUGUUUUUGAAGGCAUUUGGAAGUGAUUUGUCUCUAACAAAUUUCUAAAGCCAAAUGUCCUAUUCAUUUUAUCACCACAGUUAAAAUUUAGAAAUUAGAAAAUGGCCAAAUGAAUCCUGACCUCUUGGAAAUUUAUCAAUAAUUAUCAAAGUAAUAAGCAAAUCAAAAAAAUUACAGGCUAUUUAGUUGUGAAUGAUAAUGAAACUCCUAUAUAUCAAAUCCUAUGAACAUGACCGUGGCAGUUCUCAAUGGAAAUUACUCUAUGUAGAUAACUAAAACAAUCGAGGGCAGUUUACCUCUUGUCACCAUUGUAUCUCCACACUUAUGAAAGUGCCUGUUACGUUGUGGAGUCCAAAUAUUUGUCAAAUUAAAUAAUGAUUACUGAACUAAACAAGCUAAUGCCCCAAUGGGUGUUUGAAUUAAUGGAGAGUUUUAAUGAAAAUAAAGCAAAAAUCAUGGAAUAAAGAACAAUACAAAAGGUUUUUUUAUUUUAGGUCAAAAUGUUUCUUUGACGAAAACUAUUAUUACUAAACUUUGGCAAUGCCUUCACAUUAUAAGAAAGAAUUCUGAUAUAUGUUUUAGAGGAUAUUUUUAAUGGUAAUAUAAAUAGAUGUAAGCCUUAUUAGAUCCAACUUUUAAAUAGAGUAUGGUUUGUUUUCUAGGAAAACAUUUUAAAUGAUUAAAUUUCAAGAGUAACUGAAAGGGGCCAAAAAAAUUUAACAAUUGGAAAAAAUAAUCUUUAAAAAUCAUGUAGGAGCAGAUAAUUGUACAGGCUGCCCCCUGAAGGAACAGAAAAUCCUAUGGAAAAAUUGCGAGCAGAUGCUAAAGACUAACAUAAUUCUGAUUAAUAAAAUGAGAUGUUAAGUAGCCCUUGAACAACAAAUUCCAGAAUAAUUUCACUCAUGAACAUACAUAGAAAAAACUAACACAGUAGUCAAAUGACAUUUACCCAGGAUGUUUAAACUCUGAUCUGGAUGGGUGAUAAUUCUGUAGUUUACACAUAACUGCAAGAUAUCAAUGAUGAAGAUGUACCUUAUCAGUUCAGUACUUGAUUUAUUCUAAGAGUAUUUUCUUGGUACCUUUUAGUAUUAUGUAAGUUAAAGAAUGCUGAGCUUAUAUACAUGUAUUUAGCACAGUUAUAAUUUGGUUCUUUAACAGUAGCUAAACAGUAUUAGGGAACAGUAGUUCCCUCCCAAAUUACUGUCUUCUGUGGAAUUUCUCAACUCACAUGGGAAAAAUGAAUUUUUUUUGUUAUAUUACUUUGUUGUAAUAAACCAGCCAUUUUCAUU